AUGGGCCAGUGCAUUGGAACCGAAACUUUAGACCUCCAUGAAAGUCCCGAUGACCAAGUUACUGGAGUUAGCAGAGAACUGACUCCAGUACUCGAUCUUUCUCAACAAACUCGAGUCACAGCCGACGAAAUCGCCCAAGCUCUGCGAGAUCUUAAACCGCCAGACGAGAUCCUCUCUUCAGUGUUUCCAGAGGCACUGGCGAGCCGAAACGAAAAUCAACUUGCUGGCUGGCUGUUUCUCAAUCACCCUCGGCUGACAGUCUUACGACUUGGAGGACCAUAUCUUUCCAUCUUCGCUGGAUCCGCCAUCGUUGGUGUUUUCAUCGGAUUAACCGUUGUCGUCCAGCGUGGCUCAACAAUCAUCUGGGUUUUCCACGACAAGGAGGACGAUUUGACACCUAUUCGAGAGCGACUUGUGAAAGAAGGAGAAGGAAAGCAUUCUCUUGAGGAGUACACAGUGGAUGUUCCGGAAGAGUUUCUCAUUCGUCCUCACCCAGUUUCUGAAAAUAUUAAAACGACUUCGCCCAAAGAACCAUCGACAGCUCCGAUUUCCGUACCAAAGCCGCCCAGAACUCCGAUGACUCCAUCGAAAAGCAGACAUAACUCAACUUCUCGGUCAUUUUCUCGAAGAUCCUGUGGCCGUUCCUCCAUCGGCACACUUUCCACCAUUUCUGGUAAUCUCGUUUCUCCUGUUUGA